AUGAAGAAGAGACCGUUCACGAUUGAGGCGUACAAGCACCGUAUGGUGGCGGAUCCUAAUUACGCUGAAAAAACAUGGAAGAUUCUUGAGCAUGCUAUUCAUGAGAUAUACAAUCAUAAUGCUAGUGGGCUUAGCUUUGAAGAGCUUUACCGGAAUGCUUAUAAUAUGGUGCUUCAUAAAUUUGGAGAUAAACUCUACUCCGGACUUGUGACAACCAUGACUUCUCAUCUUAGACAAAUUUCCCAAUCAAUUGAAUCUGCCCAAGGAGAAGUUUUCUUGGAGGUGCUCAACAGGAAGUGGAUAGACCAUAAUGAGUCAUUGCAAAUGAUCCGAGACAUACUGAUGUACAUGGAUCGAACAUACGUACCAAGCAAAAACAAAACCCAUGUUCAUGAGCUUGGUUUGAAUCUCUGGAGAGAUGUUGUGAUCCAUUCCAGCAAAACUCGGGCUAGGCUUCUAGAUACACUUCUUGACCUCGUGCUUAGAGAAAGGAAUGGUGAAGUAAUUAACAGAGGCUUGAUGAGGAACUUAACAAAUAUGCUAAUGGAUUUGGGUUUGUCUGUUUACCAAAAGGAUUUUGAGAAGCAUUUUCUUGAAAUUUCUGCAACUUUUUAUUGUCGCGAGGCCCAGAAAUUCAUUGAAUCAUGUGAUUGUGGGGAUUAUUUGAGAAAAGCUGAGAGGCGCUUAAAUGAAGAAAUGGAGAGGGUAUCUCACUACCUGGAUCCUAGAAGUGAGUCAGAGAUAACUAAAGUGGUGGAGAAAGAGAUGAUUGAAAAUCAUAUGCAAACUCUUGUUCGUAUGGAGAACUCAGGCCUAGUUAAUAUGCUCAUGGAUGACAAAUAUGAGGACUUGGGAAGAAUGUAUAACUUGUUUCGCAGGGUGCCUUCUGGGCUCACAACUGUUAAAGAUGUCAUGACUUCUUUUAUACGGGAUACAGGUAAGCAGCUAGUUAUGGAUCCUGAAAGGUUGAAAGAUCCUGUGGAUUUUGUGCAACGUCUUUUGGAUUUAAAGGAUAAAUAUGACAAGGUUAUCACAAUGGCAUUUAACAACGACAAGACAUUUCAGAAUGCCUUGAAUUCUGCAUUUGAAUAUUUCAUCAAUUUGAAUGCCCGGUCUCCAGAGUUCAUUUCUUUGUUUGUAGAUGACAAACUUCGUAGAGGGUUGAAAGGGGUUGGUGAAGAGGAUGUGGAGAUUGUACUAGACAAAGUCAUGAUGCUUUUCCGGUACCUGCAAGAGAAGGAUGUGUUUGAGAAGUAUUAUAAGCAACACUUAGCAAAAAGGCUUCUAUCUGGGAAGACUAUAUCCGAUGAGGCCGAAAGAAGUCUGAUUGUUAAGCUCAAAACAGAAUGUGGAUAUCAAUUCACUUCUAAGUUAGAGGGAAUGUUUACAGACAUGAAGACUUCUUACGAUAUGAUGCAAGGAUUUCUUGCAAGCCAUGGUGCUGACUUCGGAGAUUGCCCUACAUUAUCUGUCCAGGUGCUUACAACAGGUUCGUGGCCAACUCAAUCUAGUCCUCAAUGUAACCUUCCAUCUGAAAUCCUGGGUGUAUGUGAGAAGUUUCGUGCUUAUUAUCUCGGCGCUCACAGUGGUAGGAGAUUGUCCUGGCAAGCUAAUAUGGGGAAUGCUGAUUUAAAGGCUACAUUUGGUAAUGGCCGAAAGCAUGAGCUGAAUGUUUCCACAUACCAAAUGUGUGUACUCAUGCUUUUCAACAAUGCCGAUCGGUUGACUUGUAAGGAGAUAGAGCAGGCUACAGCAAUACCCAUGUCAGACUUGAAGAGGUGCCUUCAGUCUUUGGCCUUAGUCAAAGGGAAAAAUGUUCUCCGGAAAGAGCCAAUGAGCAAGGACAUAGCUGAGGAUGAUGCAUUCUUUUUCAACGACAAAUUCACUAGCAAGCUCUUCAAGGUUAAGAUAGGGACUGUUGUUGCACAGAGGGAGACAGAACCAGAAAAUAUAGAAACUCGGCAAAGAGUGGAAGAAGAUAGGAAGCCACAGAUUGAGGCAGCAAUUGUGAGGGUUAUGAAGUCUAGGCGGAUUCUAGAGCAUAAUAAUGUCAUCGCCGAGGUCACAAAGCAGCUGCAGGCGCGAUUUUAUCCAAAUCCCGUUGUUAUUAAAAAGCGGAUUGAAUCCCUCAUUGAGCGCGAAUUCUUAGAGAGAGAUAAAGUCGACAGAAAAAUGUACCGCUAUCUUGCUUGA